AUGUUUCGCCGUUCCUCACCUGCUCCCUUGGCUCCGCCUGUGUGGAUGACAUGGCGGAGCUGGGAAUCAGUGGCCUUGGGCAUCUCAGGCCUUCCGAGGGAGGCCAACACUUACGUUCUAUGGGAAGCCUUCUCCAAGGAAGGCAACAUCUUCUCCAUUGAUAUUUUUGAGGACCGCCAAGGCAGACGAUCAAGCCGUGGGCGAAUUCGCUUCAAACCUCCUCCUGAAAAAGAGUUCUGGUCGGAUGGGAGCUAUCCCGUGAAGCUGCGAAGUGGCCUAACCUGCCACCUCCAGCUUAGCAUUCAGUUGAAUUCUCAAGAUCCGUUUGUACCUAGCCCCGCUCGCGAGGGAGUACUAUAUCCGGCGGAGAUGGAGCUUAAUGUUUCCAAGUUGAACAUCGGAGUCUGCCCAAAAGAGAAUUCAUUCUGUACAUUGCGCUCUUUUGAACAGUCGGAUUCUCUGAAAGCUGUUCUUGAUGUUAAGAACCGGUCGCUCUUUAUCUAUUUCAAGUUGGCGAUCCGUCAAACUGGGGUGAAAACUCAGGGUCCUCUUGGAUCUCCUUCAUUGUUUAGGAUUCGAGUCAAAUUUUUCGAGCUCUCUAAGGUUUGGAAAAUGAAAAACAAUGACACCGGCGACCCUUCAUAUGUCAUCGUCCUCAAUGCACCUCCUGUCAUCCACCGCCAAGCUAGAAGUCCUACAUUUGGUUCGGAAAUCACCUGGAGAUCUUCCGAUACAUGGCUUCGUCAGACAUCUGUGGUCCACAAUCCAUUGUCCCAGGGAAGCAUCACUACCAAUCUGCGCAAGUCUGGUCAGAUCAUUGACAUGGGUCGAUGGAAUGUAUUCAAGAUCACCUUCUCUACAGCCGAUGUUACGAAUUUGGAGGUCAUUCAUGAGAUCUUUAAGGAUCACAAUAUCAUCAUCAAAGAUGGAAGCAAACUGACGGAACCCACUGAGCGCCCCCAGGCAGUGUGGCGGUGGAUUGAUCACACAGAGUCCAAGCAUGGCUCCAUGCUCGGCAAUCUGUAUGAUCAGGAUUUUGUGCCCUUACCAUUCCCUAUUCGUUAUCAACUUGAGGUAUGUCUCUCACAUAGAUACUUCUCAGAGUUUGCAAUGACCAAGGAGUUUCUCUUGAAACUCGUGGCUGUUGGAGAGGCUCAAGCUCAGAAGCUUCUGGAACAUGUGGCCACAAAUAGGAAGAAGUAUCUCGACCCAAUGGAGAUUUUCAAUCUCCAGUAUUGCAAAGGUGUGAGUGACGCCAAGAUCAAGAAACACUGUUGUUUCAUGCGCACAGCCAGAGUGACUCCGACAACAAUUUACUACAAUACACCCACAGUGGACACUUCCAACCGUGUGACUCGCCGCUACAUUGAGUUUGCGGACCGGUUUCUGCGUGUUCGAUUCACAGACGAGGUAACUCAAGGUAGGAUUCACUCCAGCUUCAACGAUAGCAAUGAUGAAAUCUUCACUCGCAUCAAGAGAACCUUGACUAGGGGCAUCACAAUUGGUGAUCGUCACUACGAGUUCCUGGCUUUCGGAAACUCGCAGUUCCGUGAACAUGGGGCCUACUUUUUUGCGCCCACUCCAGAUCUGACAGCCGCUCAUAUUCGGGCAUGGAUGGGCCAAUUCAAUCAUAUUCGGAACAUUGCCAAAUGUGCUGCACGACUGGGUCAAUGUUUCUCUACUACUCGUCCUGUUUCUGGAUGUCCAGUGGAAAUUCAGAUGUGCGAGGAUCUCGUCCGCAAUGGGUAUACCUUUUCUGAUGGAGUCGGGAAAAUCUCCAAGUUUCUGGCAGAGAUGACUAUGAACGAACUGAAAAUUAAAACCCUGACAGGUAAGCCCCCUUCUGCCUUCCAGUUUCGGCUUGGAGGAUGUAAAGGCUUGCUGGUUGUUUCGUCGGUUCCUCGGCCAAAGGAAAUCCAUAUCCGCCCAAGCCAGUUUAAGUUUGAAGCCGAGGCGGCUGGACUGGAAAUCAUCCGCUGGUCUCAGUAUUAUACAGCAACUCUGAACCGUCAAAUAAUCCUCGCACUAUCAGUUCUCAGGAUAUCUGACAGGGUUAUUCACAAGAAGCUGAACAUCAUGCUUGAAGAUUUGAACAUUGCCAUGGGCAACGUUGAACCUGCAAUUCGCCUUCUUCAUAAGUAUGUUGAUCCUAACCAGAUGACCAUCAAUCUCGCUCGAAUGUUAAGUGAAGGAUUCAUGCAAACAAAUGAGCCAUUUGUCAUUUCGAUGCUUCAGCUUUGGAAAGCAUGGCACUUGAAAAAUCUCAAGGAGAAGGCUCAUAUUGUCAUUGACCAAGGUGCAAUCCUUUUUGGCUGCAUGGAUGAAAUAGGAGUCUUGAAGGGCCAGUUUGAAAAAAAACUCUCUCUUCGGAAUUCCUCCUACGAUCAAAAAAUUGCUGCUCUUCCAGAGAUCUUUUUGCAAGUCUGCCGCUUGGAAAAGGGCGGAAAGCCUGAGGUAAUUAAAGGUCUCUGUAUUCUAGCCCGAAAUCCCACUCUCCAUGCGGGUGAUAUUCGAGUCGUGAAUGCCGUCGACAAGCCAGAGCUGAGAUAUCUCUAUGAUGUCGUUGUUUUACCACAGACUGGGGACCGAGAUCUCGCUAGCAUGUGCUCCGGGGGAGAUCUCGAUGGUGACGACUACAUGGUAUUCUGGGAUCAAGAUCUCAUCCCGGAGAACUGGUUCAUGAAUCCAAUGAGAUACCCCAGCAACAAAGCCCCGGACUUGGAGCACGAUGUCACUGUAGACGAGAUCACAUCUUUCUUCGUGACAUACAUGAAGAAUGACAGUCUUCCUCGAAUCGCUCACGCCCACAUGGCCCUCGCUGACAGGCUCGAGGGCGGUGUUCUUGAAGAGAAAUGCCGGAAACUUGCAAGAUUACAUUCCGAUGCAGUCGACUACAUCAAGACAGGCAGUGUCGCGAAUAUGAACCGCGAUUUGGAGCCUCAAUUCUGGCCACAUUUUAUGGAGAAGAGACACAAGCGCCCGGAACAGAUCUACAGAUCGGGAAAGAUCCUAGGUCAGAUUUAUGAUGCAGUCGAGACUAAAGACUUUGCGCCAACCCUCAAUCUACCAUUCGAUAAUCGAAUCCUUGAAUGUGAGCUCGUUCCCGCCAGCGAAAAAUAUCUCCAAUUGGCAGCAGAUCUUAAGGUCGAUUACGAUACCGCCAUGCGUCGCAUUAUGGCACAGUUUGACAUCAAAACCGAGUUCGAGGUCUGGUCUACAUUCGUGAUGAGCCACAACUGCCUCUGUCGUGACUUCAAGAUCCAUGAGGAUAUAGGUCGCGUAUCUGGGACCCUCCGAGAGGGCUUCCGGCAGACAUGCUAUGAAAGAGUUGGUGGACGAACGUUCGAAGAAAUCGCCCCUCUUGCUGUUGCCCUCUAUCGGGUGACGCACGAAGAGAUUACAUCUGCAAUACAGGCUCUAGAGAAUCCCACUCAUGAUGACUACGACGAUGCGGAAUCAUUCGUUAGCGAUGGAGGUGGGAAGUCACAGCUACCGCUUAUCAGUUUCCCGUGGAUCUUUCAUAAGUUACUCGGCAGGAUAGCGAUAGGGAAAUACAGGAUCCCAAUUGCGGAAGAGGUAGCCAAUGGAGCCUCACGGCGUGCCAAGACUAAGAUUUACACCCAAGAGGAGGUCAAGAUGAUCAUUGCUGGAUUGAAGGACCUCGCUACUGAGAUAAACCCUGAGGAUGAGCCUCUGGUUCACAAGAAUCCUGCUCAAGGUUGUGACGCAGUGAAUAGUCAUUCUCGCAUACCUAGCUUUGAAUCAGGUGUUCAUGUUGAGGGAUCCCAGGAGAACAAAGCGGCCGAGCUAACCCCUGGCAUCAAAUCCCACGAAGCAGGUGAUACUGAUGAGGAAGGAGGCAAGGGGAACGGAGAUAUUACCGAAAUUACCAAGGAGAAGGGGGAUGUGGAACCUAAUGCUCUUGAUGAUUUGCUUCGUCUGAUCGAUGGUGAUUGA